UUGCCAGACGAUAAAGAAGUCAGUUAGCCCACGGCGGUCGAUACAAGCAGUCAGAAGUUUUGGAUUAAGAAACUCAAGUAAAAAGCGAGAGCCAUGAGAGGAUAUAACCUAUGUGUCGUUCUGAUAACAGCACUCGUUCUUGGCCAGCUGGACAGCACUUUGGCUAAAUUGUGCCUGAGCUGCACCUCAACGGCAGCUGAUGCAAUUUGUCUACUGAACCCAACUGCCGCGGAAAUCACUACUGUAGAAUGCACGGGUGAUUGCUAUACCUCCACAGAUGGUAAGGGCAACUUAACGCGUGGCUGCUUGGACAAUCAGCAAGCCUGCAGCGGACCCAGUUGCUCGUCUUGCAACACGGACAAGUGCAACAAGAACCUGUUGUGCCAGCAGUGCCUCGGCGAGGCGGAGUGUGCUCAGACCAACGUGACGGAUGUGAAAUACAAUGCGGUGUGCUCCGACGGCCAAUUUUGUGUUAACCGGGUGAAUGAUGGCAACAGUUCGGUGAGCCGCCAGUGUGGCACCGCUUGUGCCGCUGGAGAGGCGGCCACCACGUGCUCCUCCUGCCAGACGGCGCUGUGCAAUGCAGGACUUUUCCCCAGUACCCGGCAGCAGUGCUAUAAUUGCACCGGAACCGGAUGCGACGCAGUUGCGCCCUCGAUGAUCAUUGGAUGUAGCCAAACCGAUGCCAAGUGCUUCACAACCGGAACUUCGGCGACCAACAUGACCCGCGGCUGCACUUCGGCUACCACGGAAAUCAAGUGUGCGGCUGAUAGCACCGAUCCCAGUUGCCUCAUCUGCGAUUCCGGCCUGUGCAACACUCUGACGUACCAAAGGGAUGCCGGCUCCUGUAUGGUGUGCGACUCCUGUGCGGAGACACAGGAUGCGACCAAGGCGACACCCUGCAGCCAGGCCCUCUACAACCAGACCAUCGGCUGCUACACAAUGACAACGGGCUCCACAGUCAAGCGAGGAUGCCUGAACAGCUUGGAAACGGAGUGCACUGCGGCCAAUUCGUGCACCUCCUGCCCUACAAGUGGUUGCAAUGUGGCCGCCGAAGCUUUCAAGUGCAUCGCCUGCAUCUCCAACGAGAUAAAUGGCUGCUGGGAUGCAAUUGCUCCUGCCAAGGAUUCCGUCGUCGACUGCCCCAGCGAAGUCUGCUUCAAUGGAGUCUGGAAUGGCCUUGCGGUGCGAGACUGUUUCAGCUCCGCUAGCCCUUUGAUGCAGUACCAGUGCAAUGCCGCAAUAGAGCCUUAUCAGUGCAAGACGUGCAAGACGUCCUUGUGCAACGAUAAUAAACUCAAUGGAGCCUCCUCCCUCAGCCAGGUGGGCGUGGUCGGUCUGGUGAUGGCCCUUUUGCUCGCCCUUCGCAGUGCCCUGUAAGCCUGGAACCUCAGAGAUAGUUGACUAAUCUAUCCAUGUUAUCAGGUCGCUGGGUCUAUGACUCAUGCUGACUAUUGUAGCGCAGCAGACAGAAGAAAACAUAAUUACAAUAGCGAAAGCUAAUUAGGAAUACUUUAAUAGUCCCAAAUAAAACAUCUGUAAAUACAA